CAUUUAUUGUUCCGCCAGAGAUCUCGAGAAUGGUCAAGACCCAUCUAGACUUCGACGACGGGUUCUGGUGGACUGAAGACCUUGCUACGCUGCCGCCAUCCAACCCGAGCCGGGCCUCCUUUCGCAAAGAUGCUAUUGAAAGACCACCGCCGACACUCAAUGUCCUUGCAGCUAGUUGGAACAUGAAGCAGACCAUGUACAGCUUCUGGCAGCUUUUGAAGAUUACCGGUUUGCUUUCCGACAGCCGGGAGUCCGAACUCGCCAGCUUCCCGGUCCUGUACCGCGCCAAGCUGUUGCUUCGAGAAACGCUCUUCUACGACUUCCAACAAGCCGAUCCCGCCAUCCAACCUGAGCCAAAUAGCUCCGCCCCUCAUGUGAUUUUCGACGAUGCCGACUCAUACGGGCGUUUUCAUGUGCUCUACAACUGCAUGGUCCAGUUUCUGCAGUCGUUUGACAGCCUCCUGGCGCGGCCCGGCACGCUCGGCCCGAAGCAUUGGCUGGCUGGCUUCUUUGCCCUCUGCAUUUUCAGUGUAGUGAAGACCAUUCUCGUUGACAGGGCCGCGCAUCUCCGCUUCAACUCGCCCUCUCAUGCAAAUAUACAAGCCAUGCACGCCGUCUAUAAGGCUCUCGUGAGCGUCUUUGCGUGGUGCACGCCGAUGCUGCUAGAUGGUCAGGAUAUGGAGCUCGGCCACGAUGAUCGUGAGCUGCUCCUCUCUGUGGGGAUAUUUCUCGGGAGGAGCGCAUGGGCCGAGCGUGGAAUCGCAUCAUCCAAGGACUUUCUCAUGCUCCUCGGCGGCGGGGAGACGGAGGCCAUCUACUAUCACGGUUUCAUCAAGCCACGGCCGCCAGCGAGGCAGGGAUCGUUUGUCCUCCCUCCAAUCACCAGGACGGCCGAGGAACCCAGGAAACCGCUGCCCGACAUGCGGCCACUCAUCACUAGCUGGGGCGCAGUGCCCCCGGGCCAACCAGAUAGGGAGGUGUACGUCUUCAAGGGAGAGCCCGAAAGGAUGCUCGCGUCGCCGCAAACCAUAGAUCCAGGGAGGCGACAUACAGUUGCCGAGAGCCCGACUUCCAGCAGACAACCUAGCCGUGUGCUGACGUCCCCGGUCCCCACACCGAGAAUGCGGGCCUCCUACCAACGACCGCCACUGAGGCGAGUCUACUGCACCAAGUGUAACGAGUAUCCGGAAGGGUUCCGUGGCGAGCAUGAGCUGAGGAGACACAACGAUGCGAAACAUGCCGCUUUGGUCAAGAGAUGGGUAUGCACGCAACCGCCGGAUCUCUCCGGCUCGCCGCAGCCGGUUAUACCGUUGGCAAAGUGCAAGGCAUGCGUCACCCAGAAGCGGUACGGGGCUUACUAUAACGCGGCAGCACAUCUCCGAAGAGCCCACUUCAACCCUCACCGUGGCGGCAAGGCGAGCGGAGAUUGGCCUCCUAUGUCCAUCCUGAAGGAUUGGAUGCGGGAGGUGCGGCAGUCGAUCGACGUGCAAGAUCAAGACGAUGGCUCGAGCGGCGACGACGAAGCACAAGACUACAAGGCCGUCCACGAACUCGUCGCGCCACCGCACCGACGGUCUCCCGUCCCGGAAGUCCCACGUCUCGCACCAGCCCCCGCCGCACCGCAACAGACACAGGGCCCGCCACUAUUGGCACCUUCCGUCGACCGAGUGAAUUCUGUUAGCCUUCCGCCGAUAAUGAUGCAUAGUUCCCAGGGAGCGUUUAUAGCACCUACUUCGACUCUCAAGGCCGACGAGCCGCCCCAUGUGCCGCCAUCUUCCUCAUCCUCCUCCGCUCGCAGCCGUUGCCCCCACCCGGAAUGCGGCCGAGUCUUCAAGGAUCUAGCGGCCCACAUGCUAACCCACAUGGAAGAGCGGCCCGAGAAGUGUCCGAUAGAAACGUGCGAAUAUCACAUCAAGGGAUUCGCGCGCAAGUAUGACAAGAACCGGCAUGCCUUGACGCACUAUAAGGGAACCAUGGUGUGUCCGUUUUGCCCGGGAGCCGGAACCGCGUAUGAGAAGGCGUUCAAUCGAGCGGACGUAUUCAAGCGCCACUUGACGGCUGUGCAUAACGUCGAACAGACUCCGCCCAACAGUAGGAAGAUGGUGUUGCCGUCGGGCGCCGGACGAGCUGGAGGCACCGGUGCAAAGUGCAACAUUUGCCAGAGCCAGUUUGGCACGGCACAGGAGUUUUACGAACAUUUGGACGACUGCGUGCUGAAUGUUAUCGUUCCCUCCACCCCCCAGACAGCCGGCAGCGGCAGUGGCAGCUCUAUGACCAGGAAGGACUCUACGAGGACCCCGACGACUGCGAGCACCGAGAAGGGCAAAGAGCUUGACAUGGAGUUAGAAACGCGGGACUCCCAAAAGCCCAUGAACUCGCGGGAGCGCCACGAGGAUGUCGGCAUGAGGAGAGCACACGCCAUGGACCGCGAGCACAGCAUGACCCAGCAACAACCGGAGUACCUUGGUGUCUUUCUGAGCGACAAGGACGCGAUGCAAAUCGACCGACAAGACCGGCAGCAACAGCAACAACGCCCAGAAGAACAGCGUUCUGAGCGACGAGUCUCAAACUCAACAAUCCCACCCCUCCGCUCCGCUUCUUCCAACACACAGGAGAAGCAGCAAAUCAGCCUCGAGCCGACAUCCUCGGAGCCGGAACCAAAAGCCGAGAUCGAAGUUGCCGUUGCCACCACCGUCUCUCGUCGGGAUGAGGAGGAAGCCACGGAUCUUGAAAGAUCCCGGAGCUCCAGCGCAGGCGAGAGCGGUAACCAUACACAGUUGCAGGAACCUGAUCAGCCGCCUCCAAACCAUGGGGGCAUGCCAGAAAUCAAACGCCACCAGCUGCCGCGUCCCGAAGUGACACUUGGCUCGCCGGCGCCAGAUGUCAUGGAUACCGACACACAAUGAUGCCGUCGCCCGGGCUAUUGCCCCUCUGUUAUUUUGCUUCUUUGAUUGAUAGGUCUGGGCAGAGUCGAGGAGGCAGGGCCUUGAUGAUCAAUGACCUUCGAGUUCUAUUCACUUUGGUUUCCCUACGUUUCAGCCGUGCACAACAAGCAUGCAUGCAUGGACUGCCUCGUUUAUUUCACCUUUUAUAUUUUUAUUUUUAACUUCUU